AUGUUUCGGCUCUGUUCUCGCGUGGAUAGGGAAGUGACGUUGGAGAUUCGAGCUCCAAAAGAAUCGCGAAAAAAAGCUUUGUCGCUUGCAGAAUUUCGCAUUUGCCUGAAAGUCACGCUCGACAUUCGAGGGUUUUCGCAUCCCUCAGAUGUUCUACAGACCGAAGUCGGAGAUCUUAUUCUCGACCCCGAUUUCCACGGCCGGGUCUACCUCAAGGGAAUGCGUCUGCCGUGCUCUGGGUCAGGACUGAAGCAGGAUCAAUUUGCGUACAACUUCUUGCACGGAAAGGUGAAUCGCGACCGACAGAUUUUAGUCGAUCGAGAUGAGGAGGCCAACAUGGUGCGACAAAUCUUGGAAGCCGCAAUUCGGAAACAUCGCAUCGCCUUUCUUCCCAUCUACGUUGGUCUCCUACGCAAUUCCCCGGACGCACUCGAUGUUGAAUCAGCUACCCAUUUUCUGCAAUCAUCGACCAAGCUUCUUAUCUGGCAGCAUCUUCUGGGCGAGGCUGGCGAUGAGAAAUUCUUUUACAAUGAAGCCUCCAGUGCCGAGAGCAUCACAAGCAUUCGAGAAGUCUUGGAGAGACACCCUGUCAAGCUUCCGGAAUCUCUGUGGACUUUGUUGCGCUCCUGUUCGGCAAUCCGGACUCCAGAGGAAGAACAAAUCGAGUGCUUCAAAACCGCAGAGGUGUGUCCAGUCCCAAAGACCAGCUACACACAAACCACACACAGAGCAUUUAUAGCUUGCAUAGCGAUCCUUCUGGAGGGCAGAAAGAUCGAGGUACAGGUCUUGACGGUUGCUGACCAGUGGCUGGACUGA